CUGUGGCCGCGUGUUCUGCCGUGCCCCGGAUGUGGCCCCUGCCCGGGAAAAUGGCGGCGCCGGGGUGGGCGGAGGGAGCGUUGUAGCGCCCGGUGCCGUCCCCGCCAUGGCGGACCUGGGCCGGCAGCUGCACGAGUACCUCGCGCAGUCCAAGGCCGCUGCUGCCGCCGCCGGUCCCGGCGCAGUUCCCGCAUCGCCGGCGGCCGGCGGCUCGCAGGAGGAGGCGGGGGACGGCGGCGGGCUGCGGGCCUGGCUGGGGGCGCUGAACCCGUUCCCGCCGGGCAGUGCUCCGGGCGCCACGGUGUGGCCUUGGACGGGAGAGGAGGACCCGUGGCUGCCGGGGCUGUCGCGCUGGCAGCGGCUGGCGGGCAGCGGGCUGUGCGUGCUUCUGGCCGCGCUGUGCUUCGGGCUGGCCGGGCUGUGCGUGCCACUGCUGCUGCUGCGCGCCCGCAAGUUCGCGCUGCUCUGGUCGCUCGGCUCGCUCUGCGCGCUGGGCGCCGCCGCGCUGCUGCGCGGGCCCGCCCGGCUGCUGCGGGAGCCCGGCCGCGGGGCGCUGCUGUACCUCGGGGCGCUCUUCGGGACGCUGUACGCCGCGCUGGCGCUGCGCAGCACCGCGCUGACGGCGCUGGGCGCCGCCGCGCAGCUCGGCAUCGCCGCCGCCGCGCUCCUGGCCGCGCUGCCCGGCGGUGCCGCCGGCCUGCGCCGCCUCGCCGGGCUGCUCCGCGCCGCGGUCUGCGGCCGAGGCAAGGCGGUACUGCCUCUGUGAGCCCGGCGCGCCGGGGAGGAGCGGCCGCGUUCCCGCGGGAGUCCCUCAGACACGGACCGAGAGCCUCGCGCUGUCGCCAGCCGACUCCCAGACCAGGGACGCCACUUCUCUUCGCCUCCUCCGCGUCCCGGCACGUUUUCCUCGCCAGCGCUCGAGGAGCAGCAGCGGGGCUGGCAGCCCGCAGCGGCCCCGGUGACUCGGAGCUGCAGGUGCUGUGUGCGGUGUCAGCCUGCCGAGCCGCCCCCGAGCUCGUUAUCUGCCUUACCGCGCUGCCAGCUCCACAGCCAUGGCUCGGCAUCGCUCCACCUCUGGGUGGGGAGCUGGCAGCGUCCCGCUCAUUCCCGCAGCCCGGGACCGCUGCGGCGGCUGCUGCGGACCGCGCGACCGGAGCCCAGGCGGCGGCAUUGUGGACUUGCCCGGUACUGAGGAGUAGCUGAGGUGCGCAAGGCUGACGGAUGCUGAAACACGAAGAUGAUUUAGCAAAAUGCCAUCGAGGCUAGGGGAGAACAUUGAAAAAUUAACUGGUAUUACCUCAUUUUGUGCUGACCCCUGUACUAUGAACACAUACUGGUUUUGCUGUCACCUCAGACCAGUGGUGAAUACGAAGACUGUGGCCACUGAACUGCAUUUCUCUCUAUAAAGCAGCUUUAAAAUAACCAUCCAGUAAGUGAAACAAACUUUCCUGGGGCUGUGGGUCACAAACACUGCCCAUAAUUGUAAGGGGAGGGGGUGUUCCUGCAUGAUGAUGAGAGGAUGCAGAGUGCUGAUGUUGGUUAAGAUCAUUGGCGUUUGCAGGUACUGCCGUAAGGGACCAAAUUGGGCUUUAAAACGGGACCUUCAGCUCUUAGAACUUCAUUUUUGUGUAUAGAUAUUGCUCUCUGAACUUGGGCAGGAGUUACUUGUCCCAGCCUGACCUUCAAAAAUAGAUUUGCCGGUAACUGGAACUCUCCUUCAGUGCAGAAACUGAGCUGCCUUAGGAGGGUGCUGAAUUCAGGCUGACAGAGCUGGGUGCUCGAGUUUGGGCCAGGUACAGGACCCGUGCAAGGAAAUGGGACACCAGGGUGUCACCUGCACAGAGCCCCCGGAUGGCAGACUAGCAAGCAGUGGUGAUUGCCUGCAUUUUGGAAUUUGGACUUCAGCACCAUUGUAGACAGCUUUGGCUAAAGGUGAAAAUGAAACUUCUCUGUACAUGAUAAACCAAAGCCCUAGGAAUUGGCUCUCAGUAUUUUAACUGGCUGAGAUUUCAGGAGGUAGUGCUGUUGCUCCAUCUGAAACACAAGUUUGCCUAAAUACAACCCUCUGUAGUAAUAGGUCCACCUGGAGCAUCCAUGUCCCUGUGGUCAGAGGUUCCUGGUCCAUCGUGCCAGGGACGUUUCCGUGGUGGCAGUGAGGCCAUGUCCAUGCCUUGGAGUGAAGAGGAACGUUCUCUGUUGGCUGGAGAGUGCCCAUCAUGAGGAGGGUGAUCUGGACGAGGACCUGUGCAUGAAAACACAGGAUAAGCUUCUGGUUUCCUCCCUCCUUCAAAGCGUGGGAAUUCAUCUGGAGUAGGAAGCAAACCCUUCCGAGCUCCUGAGCAGUAAGAGAAGCAGGGGACAGGAGUGAGAAGGGACAUUGUACUCAUGAAAAUAAUGUCACCUGCCCAAGAAGUGCCUUUCCUUCCUCAUCCUUGUACUUCUGUGUGGAAGAAUAUUCCCCUUACCUCUCAGAGCACCUCGACCUCGCCCCCGAGCACCAUGGUCCCUUCCUCUGGAGUUUUCAUCUGGAGAGUCAAAAGCAUCAUCUGGCCCAAAAUCUUCAGGGCCAGGAAAGCCAUCUCUGCCCCUGGGUCCCCGGCCCUCGUGUCUCGAGGGUCCUCCUCUUCGGAAGCUACAACAAAGAACACGAUACAAACGUGCUUUUUAGGCUUAAUUGAGGCAGUGCAAUUAUCAACUCAUUUCUAAACUGUUUCACUUAACGCUACAGCACAUACAGUUACUAGAACAGGAUUUGUAGGUGGGAAAGUGCCCAUUUCUGCCCUUGAGCACUUUGAUAGUAAGCUUUGUAAUCUUCCUCUCAUAUUUCCUUCCACUGAUUAUGUUGGUUUUUCAUACAAGACAAAUAUUAUUAAACACAGUGCAUUCAUUUAAUGAAAA